GCUGGGCCGCUCGUCUGCCCCUGCCAAGGCGGGAUGCGCCGCCCUCCCCUCGCACCUCCCCGGGGCGGGACCCGCCGGGGGCAUCUCCCCGGCCCUGUGGCCAUCCGCCAUCGCAGCGAGGGUGGUGCCUGGGCUUGUCCGGUGCGAGGCUGGCCGGGCCACGGGGGGCUUCGCCCGCCGCUGCCGCUGUGGAGAGACGGCUUAAAAAUCCUGCCCGCCCGCCCCCCCUGUUCGCGGGGUCGGGAAAGCGGCGGCUGCAGCCCCAGCCUUGCUAACCCCGUCAGGGCACGGUCCGAGCCAGCGCUGCCUGGGCGCAGCUGGUGCCGAGGGGGCUGGUGCUGAAGCGUGGGUUUCCUCCUCCUCCUGGAGCGCUCCCCGGGGUCCUCAGCGAAACGGCGCCCCGGCUUUCUCACCCUGGCGCCCCUGAAGCCGCACAGCGAGAGGCUCGUCGCGAGUAAACGGCCUGCAGCCCCACCCCCCGAGCGUGUGCGGAGAAGCCGUUCUUGGUGCUAGUCGUUCCCUCGCUGUUCUUCGGGAGAGGCUGGAAUCAUGCGAGAUGGCAAAUAUAAAGCUGCCUCCUCGGCUGUGGCACUGGAGACCGGACAGCCCGCGGCGGCAGAUGCGGUGUCACAGCUGGAAAAUCUAACUUUUGCUGUUGCGUUCUGGUGGCUGCUGCUCCUCCUCCUCCUCCAGCACAUUCCUUGGUUUCUAAUUUGAGGGCUAAUUUAAAAUAAAGGCUUAGUAACAUUGGCCAGUGCUUGGAAAAGCUCGCUCACCUGUGGUGACUAGGCAGUUUACCCUAACCCUAGUGAAUAGGGAUGGUGUUAAUAUAAUGCAGUGUAGUUGUAGCCGGGUUGGUUGUAGGAUAUUGGAGAGACAGGUUUGGUGAGGUAAUACCAUAAACUCACUGAACAUUAAAUCCCCCCAAAUGAGGGUAAAUCCAUCCUCCUCAUCGUAUCCACUCAUUAUACUCCACACCUGAACAUAGCCAUUAUAUGAACAACAUACCCCCAUAUCUCAAUGUCUGUACUUUCACCCGUUAAACUUUUACCCCCAAUGGGGGAGACUGCAGAUUAUGUAUUCCUUACGUCACCCGUUCCUAAACUGAAUUUCACACCCCUUGAUAAUCUGUACCUUAUUCCCUGAUAACUAGAAACUUCUAUGCUUAAACUCUGUACCGUUUUCUUUUUACUUCAGCAUCAUCUUAAUAAAAUUAUUAAAUCUUUUAUUGGACCAACUUCUGUUAUUGAGAGAGACAAGCUUUUGAAGAAGAGCUCUGUGUUAGCUCGAAAGCUUGUCUCUCUCGCCAACAGAAGUUGGUCCAAUAAAAGAUACUCCCUUACCAACUUGGUCUCUGUGAUGGUCUAAAUGAUCAGUUUCUAUAUAAUUUAAGCUUUCACUUAAAAGAGAAAUUAAAUAUCUAGCUGUGAACUUCAGUCUCUGCCACUCUUUGUGGUCACUAAAUUUUCCAUAUGCCUCUGACUGCAGCCUGCAGCUUUGUAUCCACUUUUUGAUACGGAUAUCCUGUGCCCCACACUCCUUACUUAAAAAAGUCCCAGAUACUUUUUUACCUCACUUCUGACCUCCAGUGAGAAGUUCUUCAUCCUCUUCUUUGGUAACAGCCACAAAAGGUUGUCCUAAUAUCAGCCUGAUUUAAAAAAAUACAUAAAUCUUAAAAUACUAGUUUUUGAGAAUAAAGAAAAAAUCAAAAGUUUAAAUGUAUUUAAUACAUGUUAUCUAAGGUAACAGUCACGUGCAGGGGGAGGGGGAUCAGGAAGCGGGCGGGCGCGCGCGGCUGGAAUCGGAUCCGCCGGUCGGGCUGCUCGCGCCGCCAUGAGCCGCGGCUGUUACCUGGCGCUGUGCGUGUGGCCCGUGCAAUUCGAGAAGGCGAAUCCCGUCAACUGCGUCUUCUUCGAUGAGGCCAAUAAGCAGGUUUUUGCUGUUCGAUCUGGUGGAGCCACUGGGGUGGUUGUUAAAGGGUUGGAGGACAAAAAUCCCAUUUCAUUCAGAAUGGAAGACAAAGGGGAAGUGAAAUGCAUCAAGUUUUCCUUGGGGAACAAGAUAUUGGCUGUUCAGAGAACCUCAAAGAGUGUGGACUUUUUGAACUUUAUUCCAGACAGCCCUCAACUAGAAUAUACACAAGAAUGCAAGACCAAGAAUGCCAACAUUUUAGGCUUUUGCUGGACAAGUUCUACAGAAAUUGUCUUCAUAACAGAUCAAGGAAUUGAAUUCUAUCAGGUAUUACCAGAGAAGCGAACUUUGAAACUGGUGAAAAAUCAGAAUAUCAAUGUAAACUGGUACAUGUAUUGCCCGGAGAGUUCCGUCAUUCUGCUAUCGACUACAGUCCUUGGCAAUGUCCUCCAGCCAUUCUAUUUCAAGGGAGGAACAAUGUCAAAAUUAUCAAAGUUUGAAAUUGAAUUGCCUGCAGUACCCAAGUCCUCCAAACUCAGCCUUUCUGAAAGAGAUAUUGCUAUGGCUACAAUAUAUGGGCAGCUUUAUGUUCUCUAUCUGAGGCAUCAUUCAAGGACUUCCAAUAGUACCGGAGCAGAAGUAGUCCUUUAUCAUUUACCAAGGGAAAGCUCCUGUAAGAAGAUGCAUAUAUUAAAGUUGAACAGGACAGGAAAGUUUGCAUUGAAUGUUGUAGAUAACUUGGUGGUAGUUCAUCAUCAGGACACUGAGACAUCUGUAAUAUUUGAUAUCAAACUAAAGGGAGAAUUUGAUGGGACCGUUACCCUUCAUCAGCUUGUUCUUCCAGCUCGAUCAAUACAGCCCUAUCAGAUCCCUGUGGCAGGUCCAGCCUCCGUGACUAAUCAGUCUCCUGUUCCAUGUAAACUCUAUUCCUCCUCCUGGAUUGUCUUUCAGCCUGAUAUUAUAAUCAGCGCAAGUGAAGGUUAUCUCUGGAAUCUCGAGGUGAAACUUGAGCCUGUGGUUAACCUCUUGCCAGAUAAAGGAAAGCUAAUGGAUUUUCUUCUCCAGAGAAAGGAAUGCAAAAUGGUUAUCCUAUCUGUGUGUUCUCAGAUGUUAAGUGAACCAGACAGGGGAACGUUGGCUGUGAUUGCCACUGUUUUUGAUAAACUCAAUCAUGAGUAUAAAAAGUACUUGGAAGCAGAGCAGAGUUAUACAAUGGUGGUAGAAACAGGCCAGAGCCGAGGCAAUCCCCUUCUGAAACGACCAGUCCGUACUCAAGCAGUUAUUGACCAGUCUGACAUGUACACACAUGUUCUGUCAGUGUUUACUGAAAAGAAGGAAGCACCUCACAAGUUCACUAUAGCAGUCUUGAUGGAAUACAUUCGCUCUCUUAACCAGUUCCAGAUUGCAGUUCAGCAUUAUCUAUAUGAACUGGUCAUUAAAACGCUUGUUCAGCACAACCUGUUCUACAUGCUUCAUCAGUUCCUGCAGUACCAUGUGCUAAGUGACUCAAAGCCAUUGGCCUGUCUGCUGUUGUCUCUUGAGAGCAUUUAUCCCCCUGCACAUCAGUUGUCUCUGGACAUGUUAAAGAGACUUUCUACAGCAAAUGAUGAAAUAGUAGAGGUUCUACUGUCCAAGCACCAGGUGCUGGCUGCCUUGCGAUUCAUCAGGGGUGUUGGAGGACAUGACGGUGUUUCUGCCCGCAAGUUCCUUGAUGCAGCGAAGCAGGCAGAUGACAACAUGCUUUUUUAUACCAUAUUCAGGUUCUUUGAACAAAGAAAUCAGAGGCUACGAGGGAACCCUAAUUUCACCCCAGGAGAACAUUGUGAAGAACAUGUCACCUUCUUCAAGCAGAUUUUUGGAGAACAUGCUCUCAUGAAGCCUACCACUUUCUGAAAGUGUACUGUUUUCAUACAAAAUGUAUAAUUUAUUGCAUUUAAGUAAUGAGAUCUUGAACUACAGAUUUUAUAAUAAAGUAUAUACAGACCAUUGUGGCAAAUAUUACUAAAAAUAUUACACAACC